GACCGCUGACGUCCAGGUCUUCCCCAGGCCAGAGCCAUUCAUUGUAGAUGAAGAAAUCGAUCCUAUCCCAAAAGUCAUUAACACAGUGUUCCAAUGAGUCAGGCCUGACCCUGAAUGUGCCCGGAGGCAGGCCUGGUGGACAUGCUGGUGAUGAACCUGGUCCCUGCCUACCAGAAAGGCGAUCUCUUCUAUGUUGGAAACUUCCUCCACAAUUAUAGACAGUGGGCAACAAUGGAGCAAGUGCUGGCUAUUGUGUUCAAAAAGUACAGAUUCCCGGGCGCUAACUCCGAGGAAGAUGAACAAGUAAAGAACAGCCUUUGUUCCAUCUUCACCAUGUGGAUGGACUGCUAUCCUGCUGAUUUUCGAGAGCCCCAGAACCGACACCCGGUGAAAGAACUGACCCACUAUGCCAUGCUCCACAUGCCCUCCUCGGACCUGCUCUUCCACCUCCACAGUCUCCUGAAUGAGCUGGAGGAGACCAGGAAGAAUGAGACCAAGAAACAGAGGAAGAAGUCCCUGUGUGGUCACCUCAGAGCGUGCUUUGGCCACCAUAGAGCAGUUUCUCCUGACCUGCCAAGAAAGAAGCCCUCGGUGAUGUCAGGGAUGGUGAUGGAUGGAGAUCUGGAGCCCUCACUGGACUCCACAAAGUCUCGAGACUCUGGUCUCAGCCAAGAGAAGGAUGGGUGCCUCAGUCAAAGCUGUAGACACUGGAUCAGUGGCAAGCCACGAACCAACCAUCUCAGAGAUUUGUCCAAAAAGAAACCUAGGAAAUCACAAGGCAUCUCAGGCAAGUGUGCUAAUACGUCAGCCCUGACCCUGAAUGUGCCAUGCAAUAUAUGGAGCUCGGAGGCAAGCCUGCUGGACGUGUUGGUGAUGAACCUGGUCCCAGCCUACCAGAAAGGCGAUCUCUUCUAUGUUGGAAACUUCCUCCACAAUUAUAGACAGUGGGCAACAAUGGAGCAAGUGCUGGAUAUUGUGUUCAAAAAGUACAGAUUCCCGGGCCGUAACUCUGAGGAAGAUGAACAAGGAAAGAACAGCCUUUGUUCCAUCUUCACCAUGUGGAUGGACUGCUAUCCUGCAGAUUUCCGAGAGCCCCAGAACCAACACCCGGUGAAAGAACUUACCCACUAUGCCAUGCUCCACAUGCCCUCCUCAGAUCUGGUCCUCAAUCUCCAUGUUCAUCUGGAUGAGCUGGAGGAGAGCGGGAAGAAUGAGACCAAGAGAGAGAGGAAGAAGUCCCUGUGUGGUCACCUCAGAGCUUGCCUUGGCCGCCAUAGAGCAGCUUCUCCUGACCUCCCAAGGAAGAAGCCCUCGGGGAUGUCAAGGAUUGUGAUGGAUGGGGAUCUGGAGCCAUCCCUGGACUACACAAUGCAUGUGCAUGUAGAGGGGUUGAAUGCAUUUGCAGUGAGGCCCCAAAAGGUUGUGAGUCCUGUGGAUAAGACAGUGGUUCUGAAGCCCACAUGUGACAGAGCUGAACUUGUAGGGACCCCAAAGAAAGAAGAAGGUAAUAGUGAUUGUCUUCCUGUGACUUUCACAGGCAGCCCAGAUCAGCUCAAAAAGGGUCAAAUCAGCACGCCUCCUGGCGUGCUGGAGGGAGUAGCACACGUGGGGCUGAUGGAAAAUGUCCCCAGUCAGUGCUCAGGGGAACCAAUGAGUGAGGUCCCAACAUUAGAUGAAGCUCAGGAAAGUGAAUCUGUCCUCACUGAACAUCUGGACAAAUCUGUCCUGCUGCAGCAGAACCAAUCUCCAACUGAGAAAUUAGAAUCUGCCUCUCCAGCCUUUGCUGGAGCAAAUCCUAUCUUUCAUGAGGAGCUAGAUACUUUGGAGGAUUCUGAGGCAGAAUUUAUGUUUGAAGGCAACUUAGAAGCCGACCUAGCCUUAGAGCUUCCCUCCCCUCUCCCUGGGGAUAUCUCUCUUUUUCUUUUUGUCCUGAUUGUUGUAAAAUUUGCAUUCUUUUUAUUCUUCUCAAUUUAUUAAAGAUAUAUGUUUAUGUUGUAAAAUUUA